AUGGUCAUUGUGAUCAAAAUGAGUCAAAUAAAUUCAGAAAUGUUAGCGAUGCAUUUUGCAGCACUUCAAGCGUGUCCGAUGACUGAAGUUAAGUCGAUCAUCGAGAAAUCUGAUGCGAUUGCUUCCAAUGAUCCAGUUUCGCGUAUGCAGAUUCUGCGUCGAAUAAUGGAGGAUAUGUUCGGUGGUAAAUGGGGAGUGCUGAUAAUCACGGACACGAGUCUCGUCUCCACACAAAUUCACUGGACAAUCCCACAUUUAGUCACACCGAGUGGUGUUCGUGCUUACUGUCAUCAUGUCUAUAAAGACGUUCAGUAUAAUGUUUUCAAGACGUCGAACAUCGAUUCAGCGGAUCGUGCCACCGUUGAAAGUGUUCUGAAUAGUAAUUUGUUGAUUGAUUCAAGUUUUAUCAUCAUUCACUAUCGGUCUCCAUUUCAUCGAAUUUCCAAACUCAUCUAUAAUCCUAACAGUUCAUAG